UUACAGCACUGCCCAGCGGCGACCGCUCUCUUCUUCUUACGCCCAUUUGGCAGAAAUUGUACACGUUUUUUUCGGGAUCACCCAGUGCAUUUUUGAUCAACUGUGUCCAUACCACUCACCAACUCCACCAUGGCACUAACGUCACGCUUUUACUUCGAGCGAUAUCCCGAAAUUGAGGAUGUCGUUAUGGUUAAUGUCCUAUCCAUUGCCGAAAUGGGCGCUUACGUCCAUCUGCUGGAGUACAACAACAUCGAGGGCAUGAUCCUGCUCUCUGAGCUGUCGAGACGUCGCAUCCGUUCCAUAAACAAGCUGAUCCGUGUUGGCAAAACCGAACCGGUUGUCGUCAUCCGUGUGGACAAGGAGAAGGGCUACAUCGAUCUGUCCAAGCGUCGUGUCUCGCCCGAGGAUGUGGAAAAGUGCACCGAACGUUUCGCCAAGGCGAAGGCCAUCAAUUCCCUGCUCCGUCAUGUCGCCGACAUCCUUGGCUAUGAUGGCAACGAGAAACUGGAGGAGCUAUACCAGAAAACCGCCUGGUACUUUGAAAAGAAGUACAACAGCAAAACGGUCGCCUACGACAUCUUCAAGCAGUCGGUGACGGAUCCCUCGGUCUUCGACGAAUGCAAUCUGGAUGCGGAAACCAAGGAGGUGCUGCUGAGUAACAUCAAGCGCAAGCUUGUCUCCCCCACGGUGAAAAUCCGUGCCGAUAUCGAGUGCUCCUGCUAUGGUUAUGAGGGCAUCGACGCCGUCAAGGCAUCCCUCACCAAGGGCCUGGAGCUGAGCACCGAGGAGCUGCCCAUCCGCAUCAAUCUGAUAGCACCGCCACUAUACGUCAUGACCACGUCCACGACUAAGAAGACAGACGGCCUGAAAGCCCUCGAGGUGGCCAUCGAGAAUAUUAGGGCCGAGAUCGUGAGGUACGAGGGCGAGUUUAAGGUAAUAAUGGCACCCAAACUGGUCACUGCCAUCGACGAGGCUGAUCUGGCCCGGCGACUGGAACGGGCCGAGGCCGAGAACGCCCAGGUGGCCGGCGACGAUGACGAGGAUGAUGGCGCCGAUCAAGAAGGCAUGCAAUUCGAUCCCGAAAAGGAAUUCAAUCACAAGAAUUCGUCAUCGGCGGGCGUGGCCGGCGCCGCCACUGCGAACGAUGACGAGGAUGAUGAGGAUGAGGACUAGGUGGUGAUGCAGCAGUUGGAGAACAGCAGCCAGGAACAACGGAGCAGUCAGUAGAAGAAGAAGAAACACACCCGGAAUAGCAGAAACGAUUUCUUUUUUGUAAAAAAUAAAUCCAUACAUAAAUUCGAUGUGUGUAUGAACUGUGUA